CACUUAUCAAGGAUAGGAACAUAAAAUCCCCAUUCGUCUAGGGUAGCCCCUCGCUCGCAAGGAAACCCUCGCGCCAGGUCGAGCAUGUACGUUUCCUAACCAUCUAACCAUCUUAUUGCUCAAAUUGUACAAAACAGAACAAUAUAAACUGAGAUUAAUAUACAAUGCGUGGGGCGUCGCUGAUAGGAGGCGGCUGUCUCUUAAAGCGAGCUCCUCGACCGGCUGCCCUCGCGCCUUUUGCUUGGACGGCUAGCCAACGCCCAUCAACAAGUGCUCAACAACGAUUACUUACAUUUACGCAUGCCGCUCGCGAGGACCGUGCCUGCAAUGCGCAGCAGUCAUUGACUGUGGAGCAAGUCCUGGCAGAGCUGCGCAGAGCACAUGGCACCAACGAGUUGCAACCUAACGUUGAGGCGGUGGUUUCGGGGCGCGGCAAGCACUUGGGCAUCGCCGUGACCUGGAGUCUAAGAUGGACGGCGGGCGGGAGCUUUCUCGAGGAGAUCCGGGGGCCUCAGAUGUCCUUCAAGUGGGGCUAUGACGGUCGGGAGGGCAGCGGGUGCUGGGAGGUGGACAGUUCGGGUCUCGUGCGGGAGAUGGAGUGCGACGAACACGAGGCCGUGCUGCUAGCCGCCUACCUGCGCAGCGGCUGCUGGCUGCAGCCCGGACUGCUGGGCCGGCGGUUGGAGGUGG